ACAUGAUGAGGCCCACAGUAUUACUGCAGCAGAUCAAAAGGGGAGCACAUUCAAGUGCAUGGAAGAAGAAUCCCCAUCUGGAUAAAAUAAUCCGCGUGGACCACGCGGGCGAGCUGGGCGCGGACCGCAUCUACGCGGGGCAGAUGGCGGUGCUCGGCGGCACGGCCGAGGGGCCGCUCAUACAGCACAUGUGGGACCAGGAGAAGCACCAUCGGGCCAAGUUUGAGGAGCUUAUCGUUAAACAUAGGGUACGGCCAACAGUAUUUAUGCCUAUUUGGAAUGUAGCUGGCUUCGUCCUUGGCGCUGGAAGCGCGCUAAUGGGAAAAGAAGCCGCCAUGGCUUGCACAGUGGCAGUUGAAACCGUCAUAGUGGACCACUACAACGACCAGCUGCGAACCCUGAUGGAGGAUCCAACAGUGGAUAAGGAGAUCCUGGAGACCAUCACCAAGUUCCGAGACGAAGAACAAGAGCACCACGACACAGGCUUGAACCAUGGAGCUGAACAAGCGCCGUUCUACAAGGCCAUGACUGAAGUGAUCAAGGCAGGAUGUAAGGUGGCCAUCGAGAUUUCCAAGAGGGUCUAGUUAAGAGAAUUCGAAUAUUUGUAAAUAGGUAUGUUAUAUUUUUGCUUUCUUUUUAAAUGUUUGUCUAAUAUAAUCAGCGUAAACGUAUAAAA